AUGGCCGCCAUGCGGGUGGUGCGGAACCUGGACCUGGAGCGGUACGCGGGGCGGUGGUACGAGAUCGCGUGCUUCCCGUCCACGUUCCAGCCCAAGACGGGCACCAACACGCGCGCCACCUACACGCUCGCCCCGGACGGCACCGUGAAGGUGCUCAACGAGACGUGGACCGACGGCGGCCGCCGCGGCCACAUCGAGGGCACGGCCUGGCGGGCCAACCCGGCCAGCGACGAGGCCAAGCUCAGGGUCCGCUUCUACGUGCCGCCCUUCCUCCCCGUCUUCCCCGUCACUGGCGACUACUGGGUGCUCCACGUCGACGCCGGCUACCAGUACGCGCUCGUCGGGCAGCCGUCCAGGAAGUACCUCUGGAUCCUUUGCAGGCAGCCUCACAUGGACGAGUCCGUGUACAACGAGCUGGUGGAGCGUGCCAAGGAGGAAGGGUACGACGUGUCGAAGCUCCGCAAGACGGCGCACCCUGACCCGCCGCCGGAGAGCGAGCAGAGCCCCGGGGACCGCGGGGUGUGGUGGAUCAAGUCCAUCUUUGGCAAGUAG